AUAGCUUAAUGAUUACAAUUGUCUGCCCGCACGAUUGUUUAUCUACUCCAAGUUUACUCGCAUCGACCUGGCAUUAUUUCUUGAAUAAAACGUGAUAAUUGGCUAAUUAAUCGAAAUGAUUAAGUCCGCGCUAGGGUUGUCGAAAUUUUUCGUAUUACGAGAAACCGCGUUAGCCGAUGGCCGAUCGAUCUCUGCGUUAGUGCGUUUAAGUGCCAUAACCUCAAGAAAUAUUUGCACUACUCCAUUGUGCAGCAAAGAGAUUCGCAUGCGAAAUGAAAAGGUGAAGGUCGGUCACAGUUCAAAAUAUGGCUUGACUGAGGGAGAAACUAUGCCCGAGACGACCAACAUUAGUCAGCAAGAACACCUAUUUCCUGAUGCAGAUACGCCGAAUCGACUCUUCAAUGGUGUACCAUUUAAGGAAUUGCAUGUUAUUAAUAUAAAAUCAACUCCUAACAAUACAAUUAUGAAUUUUACGGAUUUUAAAGGAGUGCCAUUAGCAAUACAUUCAGCAGGUAUAGAGGGUUAUAAGAAUGCUAAGAAAGGGACAAAUCUCGCUGCUCAACAAGCAGCUAUAACUUUUGGUAAUCGUAUUCUUGAAUAUGGCGUGAACACAGUGAGACUACGAGUACAAGGUAUUGGAGCUGGUAGAAUGUCUUCUAUAAAAGGUCUUCAAAUGACAGGAUUGAACAUUGUAUCAAUUACAGAUGAUACUAGAGUAAGUUGGAAUCCACCUAGGCCACGCAAACAAAGAAGAAUAUAAUUAUAUUAAAUAUAUUAUUAUUAAUUAUUACUAGGUUAUGUUAAUACAUACUGUAAAAAUCUUUAAUAAUGUGUUUUAUUUUUUUUCCAAAUAACUGUAGUACAUGAUAUAAAGACUAAUCAAC